UCUCCUCCAAGAGUCAGAAGACAGCAGAGAAACAGUUUCCAUCCACCUCUGACAUCUUCUUUCUUCUCCUCCUUCUUCUUCCUAGUCCUCUUCCAGGCUCCAGCUCCUCCCCAGGCACGCUGAGCAGUUCUCACAACUGCUGCUCCAGUGGAUUCUGCUUGGUUCCAGUUGGUGCCAUGUUAUUCCUGCUUCUCUUCUGCCUCAUUUCCUGCGUGUCCCCAGACCUGGGGUCCUGGGGGGUGACAUGCCCCAGGCAGCUGCAAGCUGUCCAGGGCUCCUGCCUGGUCAUCCCCUGCUCCUUCACCUUCCCCAGUAACAUCAACAUCCCUGACAGCGGCAUCACCCUUAUCUGGUACCAUGGCUACACAUCAGCAAAUCCUCUGGUGGUCUACCAUUCAACCCAGCCAGAGCUAGUGGACGGGCGCUUCCGGGGCAGGGCAUUUCUGCAGGGUGACGUCAAGAAGCAGACCUGUACCCUUCUCCUGAGGGACUUGACCCCAGCUGACGACGGCCUCUACAACUUCCGCUUUGAGAUCAGCGAGGGGAACCGCUGGUCUGACAUGCAAGGCUCGGCUGUUACUGUGACCGAGCACCCAGACCCACCUGUGAUUGCCUCCAUGACUGAGCUCCGAGAGGACACCAAGACCAUCUUCAACUGUUCCACAAAAUAUGGGUGCCCGGAGGGCAUAGUGCUUUCCUGGCAGGGACAGGACCCCGCCCGCUCAGAGACUGUGCAGCUGGAGAAGGAUGGCAUCUCCCAGGGGCUGAGCCUUCAGGUUGACCUGUCCUGGAAGGAUCAUGGCCGGAGGCUGACCUGCCACCUCUCAGUUGGGCAGCAGCAAGUCCAGGGGGAGAUUACCCUCAAGGUGAAAUAUGCCCCCAAGAAGGUGUCAGUGACCAUAGACCCCUCCCGACGGAACAUCCAUUUGGGAGACCUGGUCUCACUGACCUGUGCCGUCAGCAGCAGCCAACCUGAUGCCACCGUCUUCCGCUGGUUCAAGGAUGGCGCCCCCUACCCCGGCACCCGAUCUGUCCUGUCUCUCCCCAGUGCCUCUCGGAAGGACUACGGUCUCUAUUACUGUGAGGCUGAGAACCCCAUGGGCAAGGGAGUGGCAGCCCCAGUGACCCUUUACAUCUUCUCUGCAGAGAUCCAGGUCAGCCCAGCCAACGAGAUCCGGGAAGGGCAGAGGGUGACACUGACCUGCAGUGUCCCAGAGGCGGCCCGGCAGGAGAUCCACUAUGCCUGGUACAAGAACAACAUCUGGAUUAAGGAAGGGACAGCCCAAACCCUCACCUUCCAUGAGGCAUCCAGUGCUGACACUGGCUUCUACUUCUGCAAGGUCCAAAAUGACAAGGGCAGAGAGCAGUCCCCUCCCAUCAGCCUGCUGGUGACCUAUCCCCCACGGAUGCCGGUGCUGACCUCAUUCCUGGAGACUCAACAAGGGAGGCUGGCUAUCAUCCACUGCACGGUGGACAGCCAGCCCCCGGCGGCCCUGACACUACAGCGCGACGGCCACGUGAUGGCCACCACCAGUUCCUAUGCAGCCCCCAGCCAGAGGCUCAGCAUCACAUCCACCCGCAAUUCACUGAGGCUGGAGAUCCGGGGCUUGGAGGCAGAGGAUGGGGGAGAGUACUGCUGCGUGGCCACCAAUUCUCUUGGCAAUGCCAGCACCGCCUACCACUUCAGGGCCAAUACAGCCCGGGUACUGAUUUACCCUGCCCUGGAGGUCCAGGAGGGCCAGGAGGUGACCCUGUCCUGCAUAGCCACCCAGAGCAUUCAGCCUGACGUCCGCUACACCUGGUACCGGAAUGGCGUGCCACUUCAGGACCGCACAGAUAGCACUACUGUCACCUUCCAAUCUGUUACCAGUGCCAAUGCGGGAGCUUACCACUGCCGGGUCUGGGACAGCCAGGGAACAGACAGCACCUCACCCGCCGUCCCCCUGACCGUGCUUUACUCACCCCGUCAGCCUCUGCUGACCUUCUUCCUGGAGGCAGAGAUCAGGUCGGUCCUCCUCCUCUGCACUGUGGACAGCCUACCUGAGGCAGAGCUGACUCUACUCCGAUGGGACCGUCCAGUAGCCUCCUCAGCCCAGUGUGGGGGUUGCUGCUCCCGGAUCUGUGCCACUGCAUCCCCCAAUGCCCUGCGUUUGGAGAUCCGUGAUGUGGUGCUAGAGGACGAGGGCAACUACACCUGCAUGGCCAGCAACUCCUACGGCAAUGCCACCGCCUCUGUGACUUUUACUGCCCAGACCGUGUGGCUAGUCAUCUCCCCUUCGGCGACCCUGAUGGAAGGCCAGGAGGCUAACCUGAGCUGCCAGGUGCACCGAGCUGCAGGGGCCACUCCCACCAAUUUCACCUGGUACCGGAAUGGGGCACCUUGGGCCAGGGGCCUCGAGGAUGUCAUGUCGCUGGGACCCGUCGUGGGGACAGACUCUGCGCUGUAUGCCUGCAGUAUUGACUCCGAAGCCGGAAGCCGAAGAUCGAAUCCUUUGGCUCUCCACGUGCUGUAUCCUCCGAAGCCCCCACAUUUUAUUGCUUUCCUGGACACGGCUGAGGGCCGUAUGGCAGUUUUUUUCUGCUCUGUGGACAGCAGCCCCCCAGCUGAACUGACCCUGGCCCAUGGCGAGAAGCUUCUGACCUCCAGCAGCCAGGCGAGGACUUCAGGAGCUGGGCGACUGCGGGCCCAGGCCUCGCCCAACACCCUGCGAGUGGAGCUGGGGGAACUGGGGCUGGGAGAUGCUGGAACCUACCACUGCACGGCCUCAAAUGCUCUUGGCACAGCCUCCAGUGCGCUACUGUUCCACGUGCAUGCCGCUCUUGUCAUUGUAUCACCACCAGCAGAAAUCCAGGAAGGGAUGUCUGUUUCCCUGACCUGCCAGGUGGUGGGCCAGCCCCCCGAAGAGGCUGUGUACCACUGGUUCAAGAAUAGCCAGCCACUCCUGGAGGCCUCAGACCCAGUCCUCUCUUUUCCUGCCAUAUCAGCAGCAGACAGCGGCUCCUAUCACUGCCAGGCUCAGGUCCCAGGUGGUGCUUCCAGGCUUUCUCCCUCUGCCAGCCUUCAUGUCUCUUAUCCUCCGCGUCAACUCAAGCUGACAACCCUGCUGGAGGCGGAGGCAGGGAGACUGGGCCUCCUCUUCUGCACUGUGGACAGUGACCCGGAAGCAGUGCUGACCCUCCAGCGAGGGGACCAGCUUGUGGCUUCCUCCCUUCUCAAAGGAGGGGGUCCUGGCUUGUCUACCCAGGGUGGGUCCAGGAUCCACUCCACCUGGUCCCCCAACUCCCUGCGGGUAGAGAUCUUGGAUCUGGUGCUGGAGGACGAGGGCAACUACACCUGUGUGGCCAGCAACCUCUACGGCAAUGCAACGGCCUCUGUGAACUUCAUUGCCCAGACGGUGUUUGUCCAGAUCUUCCCCUCUCCAGAUGUGCACGAAGGGCAGGCCGUGAACCUAACAUGUAUCAUUGCUGGAGGCUCCUACUGGGCAGUGAACUAUACCUGGUACCGAGGUGGAAUCUGGCACAGCGAGGGCCCCAGAGCCAGCAGCCUCCUCCUCCCCAACGUUACCAGAGACGAUGCUGCUCCUUACAGCUGCUCUGUGAGCACACCCAGGGGGCCCCGGUUCUCCCCUCCCAGCAUGCUCACCAUCAUGUACCCUCCCAGGGCCAUGCGCUUGACAUCCUUUCUGGAGAUCCACGAUGGGCAGCUAGCUGUCCUGUCCUGCACAGUAGACAGCCUCCCCCAGUCAGAGCUGGUGCUAACCCGAGCUGGGGUGCUGCUGGCUGCCUCUAGCCAGGGUGGAGAGCCCAUCCCAAGGAUCCAUACCUCCUCCUCCCACAAUGCUCUGCGUCUGGAGGUCCAGAUCCUGCAGCCAGAAGAUGAGGGCCUGUACGUCUGUUCAGCCAGCAAUGGUCUGGGCCAGACCAAUGCCUCUACGGAGCUGCAAGUGGAAGCUACGCGGGUGGCUAUCUCCCCCUCCCCGGAGGUCCUGGAGGGCACAUCGGUGACCCUGACCUGCGAAGACGUGACCCCUGUCCACCCAUCUACUGUUUACACCUGGUACCACAAUGCCCACUGGCUGCAGGAGGGCCCCGCCAGCUCCCUCCUGCUCCGCAGAACCACCCGGGCCCAAGCUGGAGCCUACUCUUGCACCGUCCACGACGUCCGUGGCAGUCGGGGAGCCCGGCCCGCCGCCCUGAGGAUCCUCUAUGCCCCCAGGGACGUGGCCCUGGCCUUCUUCUUGGAGACCCGCAUGGAGCAGGUCACCGUGAUCCAGUGCACUGUGGACAGCGAGCCCCAGGCUGAGCUGACCUUGUACAGGGACAGGGAGCCGGUAGCCAGCAGCCACGGGACCCCCGGAGAACAGGAGGGACGGGGCCACAUCUUCUACACCCACAAUGCCCUGCGACUGGAGCUGCUGGAUGUGCGGCUGGAAGACAUGGGACCCUACAUAUGCCUGGCCAGGAAUGCUUAUGGCACAGCUAACAGCUCUGGGCAUCUCUUGCAAGAGGGUGUGAGGGUGCAGAUGGAACCAACCGGAGAUAUCUGUGAAGGAGACUUGGUCAAGCUGAGCUGCCUGCUGGUCCACCCAACCCUGGACAAAGUAGCCAACUACACCUGGUUCUGGAACGGCCGAUGGCUGAGAGAGGGACCAGAGCCAGGGCUGACCUUCCCCAGGGUGUCCAGAACCCAUGCUGGAGCUUACCACUGCCAGGCUGAGGGAAGUGCAGGCCGUACCACCUCACGUCCUGUCAAUCUCCAUGUGCUGUAUGCCCCUCAGACACCUACAGUGACAUCCUUCCUUGAUCCAGAAAGUGGCCAGCGGGGCAUCCUCCACUGCAGUACAGACAGUGAACCCCAGGCUGACCUGACUCUCUACUGCAGAGGCCAGCCUGUGGCAUCCACUCACCAAAGCACCCUCCCUGCUCCCCGGGUCCAAGUCUUCCCAUCCCAUAAUGCUCUGCGGGUGGAAGUCUGGGACAUGAGGCCUGGAGACCAGGGCGAGUACGUAUGCUCAGCCAUCAAUGCACUGGGCACAGCCAAUGCUUCCACCUACUUUGGCGUUAGAGUCCUGGACCAUCUGCGCUUGUACCACCAGCUCAUGUGGUUCUUCGUAGUGCUUGCAGGUUCCCUACUGUUGCUGCUGGGACUGGGGGCUUUCAAGAUAUGGAGGAGGACCAGACUUGUUUACAGGCUGAAGAUGGAUGAGAACUCGGUGGAGUUGAGUGACCGAGACAAUCCAAUCCAGGUGGAUGACACGAUGGCAGAAAACUGAGAUUCAUUCCCUUCAGCUCAGUUCCUUCCCAGUCCAACCUUAGCCCCAACUUACCACACUAACCUGGACCACGGGGUCAGCCUGGACCUCCCCCUGCCUUCAAAGGACCCCGGACAGGCAGAGGAAGUGAGCAAUGCUCGAGAACACCAUGGCCUGCAGUUUAGGGCAGUGGACAGUUCUCUGAUGCCAAAGGGGUUAACACAGCCUCCACCGCCAUCACAUUGCUCCUUGAGACUCUGAGGUGGACUGGGAGAGGGAGGAAGGAGCUCAGGGGCUGAGAGGUAGGGGUCAAAAACAUCUAUUAAGGGCUGUCAGUAGUGUGUGAAGCUUUUGGUAAGUAUUACAUUGUACACAGAAAGCACUCAAUAAAUAUGAUUGAUUGAUUA